AUCACGUUUUCUGAAUAAUGAUCAGCGACUAAAUUUUCUCUAUUUUUUCAUCGUUUUAAUAUUGUUUGUUUUCCUUUCUUAAAAGUGUCAAACUAUUUAGUUUUUUUUAAUUCUAGUUCCGUAAUUUUCCGUUCAGCGCUAUAGUCUGCACUUAUUUUGAUCACGUGACCAAUUGAACCGCCAAAAUAAUUGUCACCUACCCAUUUACAGUCGGUUACACCGCAAAUUUCUAUUCUUAAAAAAACGUUUGUUUCCAUAUUUCCGUUAAAUUAUUAAUUUUAGAUCGUUACAAAAGCAUAUUUGCUGUCUUCUGAAGUGUAGAGAUUACUAAAUAAUGGCAAAAGUUCAUAUCACUAAUGUCGUUGUACUGGACAAUCCUAGCCCUUUUCUGAACCCGUUCCAAUUUGAACUAACCUUUGAGUGCAUAGAAGAGUUAAAAGAAGAUCUCGAAUGGCGGAUGAUAUACGUGGGAUCGGCGGAAACUGAGGAACAUGACCAGGUUUUAGAUACUAUUUACGUUGGUCCCAUACCAGAGGGCCGGCACAUGUUUGUUUUCCAAGCGCCGCCACCGGACGUGACCCGUAUACCUGAAAAUGACGCUUUAGGUGUCACCGUCGUUCUCCUAACGUGUUCUUACCGAGGUCAAGAGUUUGUUAGAGUUGGUUACUUUAUUAACAAUGAAUAUAGUGAAAACGAACCUGAAUUACGUGAAAAUCCGCCACCGAAGCCCCAGUUCGACAAAGUAGUGAGGAAUAUAUUAGCGUCGGAGCCGAGAGUGACGAGGUUCAAGAUAAAUUGGGCCGAACCAGACGCGGCGGCGGCUACGGACUCGGGAGAUGGGAACUUGGAGACUUCUCAUGCCCCAAGUAACGACUCAUAUGGAGCUUCCUUCAAUGCGGACAGUCAAAUUAGUGGUAUUGAAUUCCAAGGCAGUUUAAGUGGUUACGGAGAUAAUUCUAAUUCAAUAGCACCGAUGGAAUGCUGAAACUACCAAAUAAUGUAGUAAAUGUGUAUGACAAUGCUGUAUAGAGAAGAAUCUUGAAGAGGUGAAAGCCAAGAAGCCUAAAUAUAUGAUGCCGAAUAUUUGACAAAGCAGACCAGAGAGAAUUAUGUGUUUCACAUCUCUAUGGAUGGACAGUAGUUUUAUUUUCAACUGUCAAGGUUUUUAAUUGAAAUAAAAUUAACAUAGUAAAUUUAGUUAUUAAAGUUACUUAACAUGUUAAAGAUCACAUGCUCACCAGUGGAGUCACUCUGCAAUGAAAGUAAAUUUACAUGUUGGAACCGAGUG